AUGGCAGCUCUCUUGAAACGGCUGCACCACAUCUCGCUCCACGUUUCUAACGCGGAAAAAGUAGCUGGCGACCUUGUUUCUAAAUUCAAGUUUAGUUUGUUUGCCACCAGACUUACGGACACGUCCAGGCAGCUUGCUUUCAGAAAAGGAGCGGCUGUUUUCAUCGUGAAUGAGAGACAAAACCAGAGCGGUGUGAGUUUGAAUGAAGAGCUACGCCUUACAGAUGCAUUUGAUCCACACCCUGUCAACGUGGGGAAAAACGACCGGGAUAACUCUAUAAAAUGUCUCUACGAUGUCAGCCCACAUUACCCGGUGGAUUCUGUGAGCAAUGUGUGUUUCGAGGUGGAGGAUGUGGAAAGGUCAUUCAGUACUCUUCGCAAUCUGGGCUGCAAUUUCAUGGUGCCCCCCACGACAGUUCAGGACGAGAGGGGUCCUGUCACAUACUCUGUGGUUAAAUCUAUUGUGGGGAAUGUGUGCCACACACUUAUUGACAGGACUAAAUACAAGGGGAGCUUCCUGCCAGGCUUUGAUGUCAUUGAAAAGGACUGCUUGCCAGAGGAGGACCUGUCUUGUCCAAUCACACAUUUUGAUCACAUAACUUAUGUCUGUCCCAAGAAAUCAACCCACCAGGUCAUGAGCUGGUAUGAGAAGCUCUUUGGUUUCCAGAGGUUUUUCAUUAAAAGUGAUGAAGAUGUGGAUGAAGGUUUUGUAGUGAACCACAAGGACGUUGGACUACGCCUUACCGCCAUGGAGUACUGGAAAUGCAGCGAAGCAGGUAUCACUCUCCCCUCGGUGGACAAAAAAGAGCCUGACUGCAAGUUCGUCAUUGCAGAAUCACUGCCCGGACAAGGCAAGAAUCAGGUUGACACCUUCUUGGAGCAGCAUGGGGCCCCUGGGAUCCAGCACAUUGGGCUGUACACAAAGGACAUUGUUUCCAGUGCACAGGCAAUGGCUCAUGCUGGGGUCCAGUUCUUCUCCCCUCCUGAUGCCUACUACACGGAGGUUGGAAAACAGCAGGAGAUUGAGGAGGCGGGUCACAGUCCCCAGUUGCUGGCGCAGAAUGGCAUUCUACUGGACACGGACCUGUGCCAGGAUACCACAGAGAACAUCCAACACCUCCUCCAGCUGUUCACCAAGCCACUCUUUGCAGAGGAUACCUUCUUCCUCGAGCUGAUAGAGAGAAGAGGGGCCACAGGUUUUGGCGAGGGGAACAUCAGGGCCCUGUGGAGGUCGGUGCAGGCGCACAUGGAGAAUCAAACAGUGGAUUCUCAAGGAGAGGGAUCCAAAAAAACGAUGCAAUCUGGCCAGUAUUAGUGAAUGUAAAUGUUCUUAAAACGGAUUUAUUUAUCUGCUGUUUUUGAAAAAAUCUAUGUGAGAGCACAUUUGGGGAAAGAAUAUGCGGAACGUAAAAAAUAUGUAAUGUAUUUUUAGAUUUCUUUUUAUUUCAGUUUAUGAAUCGGUUACUCACGUUACACAUUGCACUGAUAACAAGUACAAUAUUUUGUAUUGAUAUUUAUCUUUGAACAUGACUGUACUGUUUAAAAAAACGGCACUAUGAACAAAAUGGUACAAAAACAGAUUGUACACAUCAACUUGAAAUUUUCCCCAAAAAUACACUUCCUGUAGCGGUAAAAAAAAAUUGUUUUUACUCUAUUAAAGGAAAUCAACCGACUGAUUUCACAGCAACUGUUCGUCAAUAAAUCGUAGUGAAGUGAAGACCAAUUACUGUCCUCAAGAUAAUGUGCUCUUUGUUACUUAGAAUGCGGUCGGGCCACAUUUCAGAAAAAGAGCUCUUCAAAUGUCCUAGGUCUUAGGUAAACACCAGUGAGCAGAAAGUGUGUGCUUAUGCAUAGUACUGGAACAAUUGUAUUCAUUAUUUUAUUUUUUUACAGCUGUACUAACAAUCCAUGAAUGUAAUAUACAUUACAUUGUUGUGCCGCUAGUUAGGUUUAAGUAAAAGAUCAAGAUACAUAAUAACUUUAUUUAUAUAGCACCUUUCAUACAGGGGAUUGCAGUUCAAAUUGCUUUACAUCAUUAAGAAAUAAACAAGCAGCAAGAGCAAAGCAUAAAGUGGGAUAAAAUAAUUUAAAAUAAAAACAUGGAGAAUAAAACAUAGAGAAAUAGUGCAAUGUCAAUCACAGAGAAUAGUGCAGUAUAAUAGUGUAAAAUCAGUAAAAUGCUUUGGUAAAGAGAUGAAGAGGUUUUAAGCUGCCUUUUAAAAAUGCCUAACGUAUUGGCUUCCCUAAUAUUGUUUGGUAACGUGUUCCACAGUUUUGGGGCGUAGUUUACAAAGGCUGCUUCACCGAUCUUCUUAUGACUCUUUCUGGUGACCUCUAAUAGACCUGCAUCUGAUGAUCGCAGUGUUCUGGCGGGUGUGUAGUUUAUUAGAGAGUCAGCAAUGUAGCUGGGUCCUUGUCCAUUUAGAGCUUUGUAUAUGAGGAGAAGCACCUUAAAAUCAAUUCUAAAAGUUACAGGAAGCCAGUGUAGAGUAGCUAAGACAGGACUAAUGCGUUCCCUCCUUUUGGUAUUCGUUAGUAGUCUAGCUGCAGAGUUUUGAAUGAGCUGGAGUCUUCCAAUAGCUUUCUUGGGGAGACCAGUGAAUAGUGCAUUGUAGUAGUCUAGUCGGCUAGAUAUAAAAGCAUGAAUUAGCUUCUCUGCAUCAUUUUGAUUUAUGAAUGGUUACAUCUUAACAUGAAAGUUAUAUUGUAAAUACAAUAUUAACAGGAUUUUUAUAUAAUAUGUAAAUGCGUUGAUAAUAGUUCUAUGAUUUAAGAAUAAUGUUAUACACUUACAGUGGCAAUUGUAAUUAUUUACAUUUUUUUCUUUUUUGCUAAGAAUAAUGUUUUCUAAUGCAGGACUUGAUGUUUUCACUGUGGUAUUGCUAGUUUUUGUUUUUCUUUAAUGUGUACACUGGGCAUACUCUGGUCUUUCCAAGA